AUGGAGAUUAUUCCGAGAUCCAAUGAAGAUCCAGGAUUAGCUAACACGUCUCUGACUUGUUCAACAGUUGUAGCCGCAUCCGACUUCAUCCACUGCAUCGGAUUCGUCCACCAUUCAUCGGUGAAGUCACAACCAGCCGAUCACUGUCCACCAAUACUUCCACCUCCCGCCUCCAUCAAUGUCGAUACAAAAUUGUUCAUCGUGGGUGUUUGUUCUUCAACAACCAUCGUCCCUUCAUUACUAUCUCCACAGAAGUCGACAUCGACCCCAAAAAAGUUUCAAUCGCUGAAACAAAAGCUCACCUGUCAUCCCUCAAUCUCGUAUGUAGAUUCUAUUUCGGCCAUCUGGUAA